CCCAGAAAGAGAGAAAAUUUGACUGCCGAAUUUUUCAGCUUCAAGGUCAAGCUAAUCUCCUCCAUAAAUACUCACUCGAACCCACUCUCAUGGCACCCACCCAGAAUCAGAAAACACUACAUUAGCAAACACUGCUUCUCUCAGGAGCUGCAUCAAUGGCGGACGAACUGAUCCUCCUGAACAUCUGGGCGAGCCCUUUCGGGAUGAGGGUGAGAAUCGCCCUGGCGGAGAAGGGGAUAGAUGGGUACGAGACCAGGGAAGAGAAUCUCCAGAACAAGAGCCCUCUCCUCCUGCAGAUGAACCCCGUUCACAAACAGAUUCCCGUGUUGAUUCACAACGGCCGGCCGGUGUGCGAAUCCCUCAUCAUCGUUCAGUACAUCGACGAAGUCUGGAAACGUGGGUCUCCUCUGCUGCCGUCCGAUCCUUACCGGCGCGCCCAUGCCAGGUUCUGGGCCGACUACGUUGACAAGAAGUUAUAUAGUUUAGGGAAGCUGAUAUGGCUAGCCACAGGGGAAGCCCAUGCAGCAGCAAAGGAGGAGCUGAUUGGUUGCUUCAAGCUGCUGGAAGGAGAGCUGGGGGACAAGACUUAUUUUGGGGGCGACAGCUUUGGCUUUGUGGAUGUGUCACUGAUCCCAUUCUACAGCUGGUUCAAUGUGUUUGAACAUUUUGGCAACUUCAGCAUGGUGGCUGAGUGCCCAAAACUUGUUGCUUGGGCUCACAGGUGCGCUGAAAGGGAAAGUGUUUCCAAGUGUCUUCCUAAUGAGAAAGAGUUUUUUGACUUCGUUGUGGAGCUCAGAAAGAAGGCCAUGACCAAGUAGAAGGUUUUAGCAGAGAUAUGGUUGUGAAUGAUACGAAUGUCUUGGCCCAUUUCACUCCCUAUUUGGUUGUUUAUGUAAGGAGUGGCUCAUAAUAAAGUAGGGCUUCGAGUAGUUGUCUGUAUCUGUGUUUUUCAGUGUUUCAUCUGAAGUAUUAACAAUAUGCUAUAAUGUAUUGUGUUGAUGUCAAUUUUAGUGAUUUGUUUCACCAA